AUGAAGUUUUCUACUAUCACAUCACUCUUCCUCGCCAAUGCUGGCCUUUCUCUCGCUGCUCCCAGCAAAACCUUAGUCAAGGCUACUGCUAUUGAAGCAAUGAUGGGUGACAAUGGAAUCACAACUCCCCUUCCCAUUCAGCCCGGUAUGGUCGACAACUGCGACCUCUUUCACUAUGUCAAGAAAGAUACAGGCUGCCUCCAGAUUGCCACCCAGUACGGCAUUACCUUUGAGCAAUUCAAGGAGUGGAACCCUACUGUCGGUGACGAUUGUUUGUAUCUCUGGGCCGAUGCCAACGUCUGUGUUCGUACAAUUGGAUACGUAUACCCAGUCUCAGUUGCUUGCUUUGGCAGCCGAGAUGUCCUACCCUGGGGUAAGAACAAGGCUGCUGCACUUACUGCUGCGCAUGACUGGUGCUACACUAAAACCACUACUGGCUUAUACGACCUCUAUGAGACCAGGACCGGGUGCAUCAACGCACCUUCAGGACAGGGCAAAUUUGAGUUUGAGAUAUCUACCAACCACGGAAGAAAGAUCGGCCUUACUAGCAGCAAGUGUGAGACGUUCAUCGACCUUGGUAUCAAUGGAUGUCCUGAGGGAGCUCAAACAAAUACGGAGGGCUGGUCCAUGGAGACUACCUUCAAGACUGGAAAGUGCAAGGCUUGA